ACUUUAUCGUGUUCUUGGUAAAGAAGUAAUAUUAAUAACAUUUCUUAAAAUGAAUGAUAAUUUAUAAUUUAGGGAUUUGUAUGAUAAGAAAACCGUGAUCAUUAAAAUUAAGUACUCUAUACACGUUGACAGUUUACUAAAGAAAGAUGUGGUCAAUUAUAAUUUUAAUAUUUUUAUCUAUUGUAUCGUACCUUUUAACUGAUGAGUUAAUACCUAAAAUUAAAAAUCUUUUCAUAAAUGCUGGAUUAUUUGGUAUUGAUCUUUGUAAGGUAUCCAAAGAAAAAAUACCUGAAGCUAUCGGAGUUGUAUCAGGAUGUGUUUUCUUGGUGACGAUUUUUAUGUUCAUACCAAUUGUUUUUGGCAAUGAUCUGAUGGAUAGAGGAAAUUUUCCUCAUAAUGAGUUUGCAGAAUUACUUGCAGCAUUAUUGUCAAUAUGUUGUAUGUUAUUGCUGGGAUUUGCAGAUGAUGUAUUAAAUUUGAAAUGGAGAUACAAAUUACUUCUUCCAACAGUAGCAUCUUUACCACUACUUGUGGUUUACUAUGUAAAUUUUAAUUCUACUACUUUUAUUGUACCAAUUCCUCUAAGGCAUUUCUUUGGGAAUUCCGUCAAUAUUGGUUUCUUGUACUACAUUUAUAUGGGAAUGUUAGCUGUCUUCUGCACUAAUGCUAUAAAUAUAUUGGCUGGAAUAAAUGGUCUUGAAGUGGGUCAAUCAGCUAUAAUAGCAAUGUCUAUAAUAAUUUUCGAUAUAAUUGAAUUAAGAGGUGAUCAAUUCAAAGCUCAUAGCUUUUCUCUUCAUAUUAUGAUUCCAUAUCUUGCCACCACACUGGCCUUAUUAAAACAUAAUUGGUAUCCAUCGAAAGUUUUUGUGGGAGACACAUUUUGCUAUGUAUCAGGCAUGACUUUUGCAGUAGUUGCCAUUCUCAGUCAUUUCAGUAAAACUGUUUUAUUAUUUUUUCUGCCUCAAAUUAUCAAUUUUGUGUAUUCUGUACCACAACUUUUUCAUAUCAUACCUUGCCCAAGACAUAGACUUCCGAAGUAUAGUGCAGAAACAGACUUACUUUAUCCAAGUAAAACUGUCAUUUUGAAAAAGGAUAUGAAUAUGUUACACAAAUAUAUUUUACAAGUAUUGACAUUGUUUCGGCUAGUUGAUAAGCAGGAAGAUGACGGCUGUAUUGUAAUUAACAACAUGACACUAAUAAAUCUAUUCUUGAUAAAAUUAGGACCCAUGUCUGAAGUUCGAUUAACUUCAAGUUUGUUAGUAUUUCAAAUACUGUGUACAUGUAUUGCAUUUAUAGUAAGAUAUCCAAUGGCCUCAUAUUUUUAUUGAUUUUCGCUUAUUUUAUUGAAUUUUUAUACAGCAAGUUAAUUAUAUAUAU